UCUCCGCGGGCGCCCUCCCCUCGCCGGGGGCUGCGAGUUGCAUUUGGUAAAACCCAGCCCGGAAUAUAUAGAUCAUUGGAGCGCAAUGAAGUAGCCUUUGGAGCGGAGGGAGGGGGCCCGUCCGACAGCCACAGCGGCCAGCGCAGCAGCGGCGGCGGCGGCGGCACCACCAGCGCUCGCACCCCAGCCGCCCGGCCCGCGAGGAGGCAGCGGCGGCCGCCGGCGGGAGCGGAGGCGGCGGCGGGGAGGCGAAGAGGAACAGCGGGAGGAGCAGGAGCGCGCAGCCGGCGGGUCCACGCAUCUCGGCACUUCCAGAGCAACUCCGGCGCCUUCCGUACCCCUGCCCGGGGCUGGGGGCUCCGAGAGCGGCCGCGAAGCCCUCCUGAUCGUCCCCCUCCCGAGCCCUGCCCAGCCCUUGCCCUGCGCCUCCCGGGCUCCGCUCCGCGCGGCAGGGUCCCGGCUCCUGCGCCCCGGGCGCGCCUCCCGGACACCCCGGUCCCCGCAGCCAGGACAAAGCCAUGAAGCCGGCGCUGCUGGAAGUGAUGAGGAUGAACAGAAUUUGCCGGAUGGUGCUGGCCACUUGCUUGGGAUCCUUUAUCCUGGUCAUCUUCUAUUUCCAAAGUAUGUUGCACCCAGUCAUGCGGAGGAACCCCUUUGGUGUGGACAUCUGCUGCCGUAAGGGGUCUCGAAGCCCCCUGCAGGAGCUCUACAACCCAACCCAGCUGGAGCUCUCGAACACCGCCGUCCUGCACCAGAUGAGGCGGGACCAGGUCACAGACACCUGCCGGGCCAACAGCGCCGUGAGCCGCAAGCGGCGGGUGCUGACCCCCAACGACCUGAAGCACCUGGUGGUGGACGAGGACCACGAGCUCAUCUACUGCUACGUGCCCAAGGUGGCGUGCACCAACUGGAAGCGGCUCAUGAUGGUGCUGAGCGGCCGGGGCAAGUACAGCGACCCCAUGGAGAUCCCGGCCAACGAGGCUCACGUGGCGGCCAACCUCAAGACCCUGAACCAGUACAGCAUCCCCGAGAUCAACCACCGCUUGAAAAGCUACAUGAAGUUCCUGUUCGUGCGGGAGCCCUUCGAGCGGCUGGUGUCGGCCUACCGGAACAAGUUCACGCAGAAGUACAACACGUCCUUCCACAAGCGCUACGGCACCAAGAUCAUCCGGCGCCAGCGGAAGAACGCCACCCAGGAGGCGCUGCGCAGGGGCGACGACGUCAGGUUCGAGGAGUUCGUGGCCUAUCUCAUCGACCCGCACACGCAGCGCGAGGAGCCCUUCAACGAGCACUGGCAGACCGUGCACUCGCUGUGCCACCCGUGCCACAUCCGCUACGACCUCGUGGGCAAGUACGAGACGCUGGAGGAGGAUUCCAACUACGUGCUGCGGCUGGCGGGGGUGGGCAGCUACCUCAAGUUCCCCACCUACGCCAAGUCUACGAGAACUACUGACGAAAUGACCACGGAGUUCUUCCAGAACAUCAGCUCCGAGCACCAAACGCAGCUGUACGAAGUCUACAAACUCGAUUUUUUAAUGUUCAAUUACUCCGUGCCAAGCUACCUGAAAUUGGAAUAAAGGGGGUGGGAGAGGGAGAGAGUCGUGCUUUUUAAUUUAAGAUUUUUAUUUGUCAAAAGAAUUAUAUGGAUAUUGGGUUAUUUUGUAAAUUAAUAUUUCUUUGGGAAUGAUGCUGCGAGCAGCAUGGUGAGAAUUAUUUAAAAUCCUUAGUAGGGAAGGACGGCUGUCUUUGCAGGGGGAUGGGAUGGGUGUCCUUGGCUUUAGACGGGAAUACUGCAACGCUGUCUCAAAGGUUUCCUUGUGCUCUGGUGAAUUCCAUGAAUUGUGCAUCCCGUAAAUUCUAAUUAAUAUUAUUUAUCGUUAUUUAAACGUGGUCUCUGUAGAGAUUUCUUUUUGUGGCAGCAAGAUUCUGAUGUCUUUGCGGAAGAAAUGCGUGUGUUGUUCUGUGCUUGCUGCAGCUCACGUGGGGGCACGAAUGCCCCCCCCCCCUUGCUAAGCGCUCGCGGAGCCAGCUGUGUGAUAACACCCACCGCGAGGCCCAUCGUGCCGCCAUCAUGAAAUUCUGUGAGAGAUAAAUAGAAAUAGGCACCUUUGCAAGGGACUAAUUCUGGAUAGAUUCCGAACAACCCAGGAGCCCCCUGGCACUAAGAGAAAAAAAAAUGUGAUUUUGUUUUUGUUUUUAACCCAAGGAGAAGAACUGAUUGUAGUUUUGUUUUUUCCUUUCCUUUUCACCAGAAAUAGCAGUUUGUUAGGAUAGGCUUUUCUACAGAAACUUUUAACUGGCGGUGCCAGUUGUGACGGUGAAGUGGCUGUUGCUUUAUAGUCAACAAGUAUUUAUUGAGCAACUACUAUGUGCUCUGCCUAAGUUUAGGCCCCGCAGGUGGAGCAUUGAACAAAACCGAUAGUCUUGGCCCUCAAAAAGCUUUAUGUGAAUGCAGUACCCAGCUCAGCAAUUAGCAAUCCCCUGAUAUUCAUGGACUUACCAUGAGGUUUGGGCUGUUUUGAACAACCCCAGAAUGUCCGUGACCCCUACAGAUUGGCCUUUCUCUCUGGCUCAGAUUUGAAACACACUUAGAACAGGCCACUUCAGCUGAUGAGUAAUCCAAGUUCAUUGCCUAACACAAGAGAUGACAAAGAUCCUGUGUCCACUCCGACGUAUCUGUAGCAUCUGGCUUUAAGCCCCGGAACAGAUUUGCCAGGCGUAGCACGAGAGGGUGCCGUGGCUGGUUAGUGAUGUCCUGCCUUGGGCGAGGGAAGGGGAACGUUCGCCAAGUGCCUGUCGCAUCAGGCCCGCGUCCACAUCUCCGGGUGGAAGCGUUCUCUCUUCUUGGCCACGGGCGAGAGUGCGGUGACGUGGCAGGCCUUGGCCGUGUGGGAUCCGCAGAGGCCCGGCGUGUCUCCCUCGUAGAGAUCCGAGGCGGGCCAUUCGUACACAUAGGCCCAAGUCCUCCAGAGGCUGAGACCAUCAACACCUUUGCGGCCACCGUGCAUGAGCGGCAAGGACAGCCUUCCGUGACGGCAACCCACGUCCCCAUUCCUCCGGAAGUCCGGAUACGGUCCGCUUCCUGUUCCUUGCUCAUGCGCGUCUGCGCACGCCUCUCAUUUCCAGCCAUUUCGAUGCCUUGGUUGAAGUUUGAGCCACAUCCCUCGUAGAGCUAGGGUGUGAGUUGGUAGCAGCUCCUGUAUAUAAUAAUAAUAAUUAUAGUUCUAAUAAUAGGGGGUCGGGUGGGAUGGGUGUGGGGUUUGCUUUUUGUUUUUGAUGCAGUAUAUAGCGAAGGGGUGAGACUAUUCUAAACAAGCAAAAAAUGAAUAAUUUAUUCACAGAAACGAUUCAAAUUGUAAAGCUCACAGCCGAGUCAGCCACAGCUGCCACGUCUCACCGAGAAUAUUAUUUUGUUGAAUGUGAGUGAGGUGUGCACUGGAGAGGGUGGCCAAGGCUUUUUAUAAAAUGUUCUGUACCUUCUUCCAAGCUCUCUCCCCUUGGGGAAGGGCACAGCAACUGUGUCCUCCACGGAUAGAGAUGUUAGGCAGUAUGUUUUACUGAACAGAGUGACAGACCUCAACUGUCCCUGGAGUUGGGAGUCUGGGUCCUGUUUCCGAUCAGGGGACCCUGUCCUCAGAAACAGAGCUUCUGCUAAUGACACGUUGUCCAGCGUUUCCUGAUAUGUGCCCCACAGAACAAAGCUUCUGGGGGUGUAAAGUUAGUGUGAUGCCACAAAGGGAAAAAAAUGCGUUUGGGGGGGGUCACAUACCCUUGGGAAACAAAGUUAAGUCAAUUUCCUUUCUACAGGACUUUUCAGAGCCUGGAUGUGUGCUGUGCGUUGUGAAUCCCCCAAAGCAUCAUUGAGUUGGUAGCAUUUUCUGAACUUUUGUGACCAGGUUACUCUGUUUCGCACAUCUCACAGAGAUACUGCACAGAAGAUACUCUGGUUAGGUUGAUUUAGCAGAUCUGAGGUCUUCAAGGAUAAAACUACUUCCCUGACCCUUCUCAAAAACAAAACAAUAGAACACCAGUCUCUAUCUGGUUUAUAACAACAGAGGUACUUUAUCAAAUGAAUGAAACUUUUACGUCAGUGCAAUGGUUUUAAUCCUGGAUCCUACCCUGGGCGAUGAUUCCAUCCCUGCCAAAAGGGAGCAGGGGAUUGUCUUGGGUGGUGUGGACAGAGAAAGGGAGGGAGGGGUGGCAUCAGGCCACAGAGUGGUCCCCUUACUCCUCAAGCCUUAGGUUGCUCAAUGCAAGCAGAGUGGGCUCAACCCUUGACAAGUACUUCUUCGAUUCCAGAGUUUAGAAUCGCUCACCAUGUGCUUUUUCGGUUUUUCCAAUGGAAAUUCACGUAGAUCUCCCAAGUUUUGUGUGCCUGCUGCCAUGUUUGUUGGGUUGCGUGAGCUUGCUCGUGCCGUGUGCAGAGUACCGCCUUUCACCAUCUUCUCUCAAGUGAGAAGGACUGUCCUCCAAGGGACACGACUUCAGUGUCGUUCUGCAACAAGGGACUUUUCCCCUUGUGUUUUAUGUUCACACUUUAUUUUCUAAUGGCAUAAAAACUUCUUAAGAAAUUGAAUCAACUGUUCUGCAGAAUGUAGAAAGUAUUCUGUGUCCUUGGUGUAAAAGACUCCAUGGGUAAAAAUGUGCCUGGGAAGCAAAAGCUUGUGUUUUGGGGUUUUUUGGGGGUUUUUUGGUUUUGUUUUGUUUUUUUUGUUUUGUUUCUUUUUUAAGGAAAACUGUUUGAAAACGCUUUUUCAUUGCAUGCUUAGCUGGAGAAAAGUACAGGCAGGUGUCCUAUCUCCAGGCCACUUUUCAAAGGUGCUGCUGUGUUUUCAAAACCAGGUACAGUGAGGGUAGUAUUUACAAGGACAUUCCUGCUUAACCUAUCCCUUUGGUUGGAAAAUGCUAGAAUAUUAGCCACAGGGUUUGAAUUCCUGCAGCUUCUCCAGACAAUGCCACCCUCCCCCCAUCCGCCUCCCCAGCUGGUCUGGGAAGAAAGGCUUCUGCUGACCUGUGGUUGUCUCAGAGGGGACCUUCCCGUCUCCUUCCUACCCAGGUGAGUUUCACCCUCCUGAGAGCAAGGGUGUGGAAGCACAGGGAGCUACUUCCUGCUGGUAGAAAGUUCUCAGAAAAAAAGCAAGUUGCUCGCGCACUUAGAUGGUGGGGUCUGGACCACUGCUGAGUUAGUGAUUACAGAAGUUCCUGUUGUAACCUGGCAAAAAGCCAAGGGACAGUGUCCCUGGUGGGUGAGAGAGCAACUCUCUCGCAGACUAGCCCUGCCCUACACACACACAAUCUCAGCUGCCCUGUUCUGUGCAGUCCUUGUGACCAGAAUCCCUUCCUCGCCCACUCCUAUGUCAGCCGGACUGACCGUAUGGCUCCCCCAAGUUCCUACAAGUCCCCCCAAGUUCCUACGACCAGCACUUCUUCCAGCCUUUUCUCAUCACGACUGACUGGACCCUAUGAACAGGCAACAGGACCACCAUAACCAGCUUGCCCCUUGGCUGUUCACAGGCGAGUUUCAGUUUGCUACUCUUUAUCAGGUACAGAAGGAGCCGCCUGUACUAUUUUCUUAUGAGCAUGCUCAGUAUGGUAUAUGCACAUAUAAUUUAACAUCUUUGUGGAGUGUGAUUUUUUUUUUUUACAUAUUUGUAUGCAGUAGAAGGCUUGUUUUAGAAAACUCUCCCUGUAUCUUACUGUACUGUUCAAGAAAGCUGAAUUCCACAUUGCCAACAAAAGCGUGAAAUGUUCAUGAACCUUCCUCCAGGAAAAGCCAUUCAAGCCUGAUUAUUUUUCUA